CUUAAUUAUGUUCUUUCACUCACGUCAAGCUCUCACGAUGUGUCAAAUAUUUCGCUCAAGUUUGCGCUCUCUUCUCUCUCCGUACCUCUUCUGUUGAGGUAUGUUCAUGGACACCGAUGCUCCAAAGAGUUCUCAAGGUGCUACACAGCACUGUUUGUAUAUGUUGCAAACUGUUCACCUUGUUUUAUUCAGUACUACGAAGCCUUGGCGAACCGUGUGGCAGUGAACGGCCACAGUAUUGACAUCUACGCCUGUGCCUUGGAUCAGACCGGACUUCUAGAGAUGAAAUGUUUAUCCAACCUCACUGGAGGUCACAUAGCGAUGGGCGACUCCUUCAACACCUCUCUGUUCAAGCAGACCUUCCAGAGGGUCUUCAGUAAGGACUACAACGGAGAGUUCCGCAUGGCCUUCGGGGGCACGCUGGAAGUCAAGACGUCCAGGGAGCUGAAGGUAUCGGGGGCCAUCGGGCCCUGUGUCUCCCUCAGCGCUAAGGGACCGUGUAUAUCAGAGAACGAGGUAGGUGUUGGAGGAACAACCCAGUGGAAAAUCUGCAGUCUCAGUCCCUCCACUACGUUGGCCUUGUACUUCGAGGUCGUCAAUCAGCACAACGCCCCAAUCCCUCAGGGUGGUAGAGGAGCGGUCCAGUUUGUCACCCAGUACCAACACUCCAACACCCAGAGGAGGAUCAGGGUUACCACCGUCGCCAGGAAUUGGGCCGACGCCCAGUCCCAGAUCCAGCACAUCGAGUCGUCCUUCGACCAGGAGGCGUCGGCGGUCAUCAUGGCCAGGCUGGGCGUGUUCAGGGCCGAGUCGGAAGAGGGGCCGGACGUCCUGCGCUGGCUGGACAGACAGCUCAUUCGCCUGUGUCAGAAGUUCGGUCAGUUCAACAAAGAUGACCCCACCUCCUUCAAGCUCUCGGAGUCCCUCUCACUCUACCCACAGUUUAUGUUCCACCUGCGCCGGUCGCCGUUCCUGCAGGUGUUCAACAACAGCCCAGAUGAGUGUUCCUACUACAGACACAACUUUGUCCGCCAGGACCUGACCCAGUCUCUCAUCAUGAUCCAGCCCAUCCUGUACUCCUACUCGUUCCACGGCCCACCAGAGCCUGUUCUCCUGGACAGUGGAAGUAUUCUCCCAGACCGGAUCCUCCUGAUGGACACCUUCUUCCAGCUGGUCAUCUACCACGGAGAGACCAUCGCCCAGUGGCGUAAGGCGGGUUACCAGGAGCAGCCGGAGUACGAGAACUUCAAGCAUCUACUGGUAGCACCCGUGGAUGACGCCCAGGAGAUCCUGCAGACCCGCUUCCCCAUGCCCCGGUACAUCGACACAGAGCACGGAGGGUCCCAGGCCCGCUUCCUCCUGUCCAAGGUCAACCCCUCCCAGACACACAACAACCUCUACUCCUGGGGACAGGAGACUGGAGCCCCCAUCCUCACAGAUGACGUCAGUCUACAGGUGUUCAUGGACCACUUGAAGAAGCUGGCCGUGUCGAGCGCCGCUUAAAUUCCCAGUCCCGGUACCAAAGUGAUAGCCUUCGUAACCAGACCGAUAUGCCCACCGUUCUAUUUCACUUCACGAUACGUCUGGUUUACGAGGCUACCAAAGUGAAGGACGUGAAAGGAGAGAGGGAUGAGAAGGAAAGAGAGAGCCAUUCCUGUAUUAAUACAGGGACCUAGUAACCUUUCCUUUCCCCACGUAUGACCUGUGAUGGUUUCAAAUCCUCUAAGUUAUUAUCAUUCCUGCUUUAAGUUUCCGGAAUUUUGCUUCCCUAAAAUUGUGAUUGACAUGAACUUCUCCCACAUACUGGAAAAGCUUUACUGCACCUCAGUUGUAGCCUGGUCCCAGAUCAGUCUUUCAUGCCUUGACAAUGACCGUAGGAGUUGGCUUAUAAAGCACAAACAGAUCUGGGACCAGGCAUCCUCAGUUGAGCCUUUUGUGGAUAUUAAUCACAGUUCUUACAUUCCAUCUCACCUUUAUAAUAAUAAUUUGGCUAAUGAUUAGAAUUGGUUUACUUGUUUGUCUGUCUGUGGUAAGGCAUGUAGCUACUGUAGUAGUUUGGUCAAUGAUUACUGCUCGAGACGCUUUAAAUAUUUUUAUGUUCUUGAUAACGUCCUAUAGUUUAUUUUUUUCCAUACAAUUUCCCCUAAAUAAUGAUUAAUUUAAAUGUUCUGAUGAAACUGUCAAUCUUUCCUUGUAGUGCUACUGUUUUCUAUUUGAAUACAGAAAGACUGGAAGUUCAAUGAAAAAUGUUAUUAUUGUAUUAAACAAAACCCCUAUUUUUUUCUAACACAUAUUUUACAUGUCCACUGACUACUUUUUCCACAUAUCCGUUUUCUUACCAUCUGGCAUUUUGUACAACUUACCCCAAAACCCAUCAUCACUGUUCUUUCACUCGCCUCCUCUAGUCUGUUCCUGAUGUUAACACUUGUACUUACUGUAAAAAAGGGAACGUAAUUGAUUCAUUUAGUCUGACUGAUUUGUUUCUUAAUGCUAUGCAUAUAAAGUAUGUCAAGACAACCUUA